AGAAAAACAAAUCAGCAAACAAAACAACAAACAACAAAACAAAAACCCAACAAAUCGACGUAGACGACGGACCCCUACAAAAAUCAAUUGAAAAAUUGAAACUUAUGGAUUGCUGGACGGGUAACGCCCGACUGGCGAGUGUUUUAGUUUAAGCAGCGUAAGCUGUCACCGACAUGGGCAGUGAGCACUACUGCUUGAGGUGGAACAAUUACCAAUCCAACCUGUUAGGGGUGUUUAGUCAAUUACUACAAGACGGGAGCCUGGUGGACGUCACAUUAGUUUGUUCAGAGGGCACAUCCAUCAAAGCCCAUAAGGUGGUCCUCUCGGCUUGUUCCUCGUACUUCCAGAGCCUGUUCCUGGAGCACCCUGAAAGACAUCCAAUUGUGAUAUUGAAGGACGUCCGUUUUGCCGAGCUGCAAACCUUAGUUGAAUUCAUGUACAAGGGCGAGGUGAACGUGCAAUACUGUCAGUUGUCCGCGCUGCUCAAAACAGCCGAAUCCCUCAAGGUCAAGGGCCUCGCCGAGAUGACGAAUCAGAAUACGACGCUGCGUGAGCCGGAACGAGAGCCGGAUCGUCUGCGUCCCCAGGGUGGUGGCUCCUCCCACAAGGCGGCCGAUAGUCCAGCGGCGGCUCUAGAUGCCACGACGGCAACAGCGGCAACAACAGGGACUGCACCGGCAGCGGCAGCGGCAGCAACAUCGACCUCAACCUCAGCAACAUCUGCGGCAGCAACAGCGGCGGCAACAUCUGCAGCGGGAACAACAACAGCAGCAGCAGCAGCAGCAGCAACAUCUGCAGCAGCAACAACAGCGGGGAGCAGCAGCAGCAGUAGUACAAGCACAACGACGGCAACCACGACAGCAGCCUGUGCCACAACAACAACAACAGCUGCAACGGCAACUUCCGGUGCUAGUUGCAGCAGCGCCACCCACGAGGAGGCCACAUCUUCCUCCUCCUCCGCCGCCGUCAGUGCACAGAAGCGGGAGGCCAGCGAUAGAUGCAGUCCCAUGCCCGCCAAGCGUACAUCCCGACUGCAGGACAAGACGGACCACCUUCUGGCAGAUCUAGAGGCUGAGCAGAAUGCGGCCAAUGAGCGGGUUGAUCAUGGUGACGAUGAGGAUGAUGAGGAGGAUGAAGAGCUGCUGCUGGCACGCAACUUAAACGAUGACGAUGAUGAGGAUGAGGUGGAGGAAAUCGAUGACCUGGAUGAGAAUGAGGAUAUUGAGGAGGCAAUGCGAAGGGCACAGCAACUGCAGGCAGCGGCGGCAGCAGCAGUGGCAGCGGCGGCAACGGCAACGGCAACCGCUGAUGAGGAGGAUGAGGAUGAGGAUGAAGAUGAGGAUACGCCAAUGCCGUUAGAUCUCUAUCAAAGACCUGUGGAGCCAAAAAACGCUGCAGCAGCAGGAACGGCAGCGGCGGCGGCAGCCUCCUCGGCGGCAUCCACUCAGGGCAAUGCCUCCUCUCACACCAAUGCCAAUGCCAACAUUAACAUCAACAAUAACUCCAGCAGCAGCAACAAUAAUAAUAAUAAUAACAACAACAACAAUAACAACAACAACAAUGCAAGCAGCGGGAAGACCACAACCUCAGCAAGCAAUGGCUCUGGAUCCGGUUCCGGUUCCGGUUUGGAUGGAGCCGUCGUAGCCUUGGAUGAUGAUGAUGACGAUGAUGAGGUGGAGCGUGUUGGUGACAGGGAGCGAGAUAGAGAUAGAGAAAGAGAGCGAGAACGAGAACGACAACGUGAUCGAGACCAUCGCCUGGAUCAGGAUAUGGACGAGGAUCUGGAUGAGGAUGUGGUUGUGGUCGGAGCCAGUGCCAGUGCCAUGGCACGGGGCAUUGCCCAACGAUUGGCCCAUCAAACAAUACGGCUCCAUCAUCCCCAUCAUGCGCAUCAUCACCUGCACGCCACGCAUCACCACCAUCACCACCAUUCGUCGCAUCCGCAUUCGCAUUCGCAUCCGCAUUCCCAUCUAUCGCCCUCGGACGAUGAGGAUGCCCUGCCCGUGAUUGCCAAGACGGAGAUCAUCGAUGAUGACUAUGAUGAUGAAAUGGAUCUCGAGGAUGACGAUGAGGCGGAUAACAGCAGCAACAAUGAUCUGGGUCUCAAUAUGAAAAUGGGUGGCGGUGGCGGUGGUGUGGAUCUAUCCACCGGUUCCACCUUGAUACCUUCGCCGUUGAUUACCCUGCCCUCAUCAUCGGCAGCCGCAGCAGCAGCGGCGGCGGCAGCCAUGGAAUCACAACGCUCUACGCCGGCCAUAACGGGUUCGGGAACGGGAGCGGGUGCCGGUGCCUCGGACCUCAGCAUUGGUGGCUCCGGUGGUCGUCCGGCGUCACGGAGUUCACGCGACGGCGGUAAUGAUGGUAGAGGAGGAGCAUCAUCCUCCAGCCUGCUGAGUCCCGGAACUGUGGCCAAUCUAUUGCCCGUGCAGUCGGUGCCAUUGAGCCUCAAAAAGGAGAUCGAUUGCAGUGAGGAUGACAACAGCAGUCACAGUAGACACAUGCAACAGCGUUCGGCAUCAGCUGGCGGCGGGCUGGGCGGCGACCUUGACUACCGCGCCUCCCACGAAUCGCUUCUACGGAACUUCAGCUCACCGAUGAGCGCCAUGGCCGCCAGUCGUUGUCCCACUCCCUUCGCCUUUCCCUUUACGCCCCUCGGCCUGAGCCUCUUCGACAUCGAUCCGUCCAGAAUCCUUAGCCUGCUGCAUCAUCAGACCUGGCUGGCAGAGGAGGCACUCAGGACUCGCGGUCUGCUGGCAGCGCCCAAGGACUUUCCCCAUCGUUUCACCACGCUCAGCGAUCUGCUGACCAAGGAUUAUCAGCCAGGAGCACCGACAGCCACUGCAACGGCAACGGCAACCACAGCCUCCUCCUCGUCAUCCUCCUCUCUGUCCUCUUCCUCAGCCGGCACCUCGAAGGAUCCACAGGCACAGUACAAACAGCAGCAGGGAGCAGCAGCAGCGACCUUUAACCUACGCUAUCCCACGCCCACGGCUUUUUACCAGCAACAACAGCAGGCCAAGGUGGCCAAAUCCUCGCCAUCGCCUCAGCAGAUGGCCACCAGCACCAGCACGGCCAUGUCCAAUGAUUCCGGCGAGGAUAGUUGCAAGCGGAGCUCCGCCGACAGUGAUGAGGUGACCAUUGUGGAGCUGCCAAGUGAACGGAGUGCCCAACUCUACAAGGAAUCACUGGAGCAACUUCUGCAGCGACAACGACGCACACCCAUUCUGGGUGGAGGUGUGACCUCCGGUUUAGGAAGCGGCAGUGUCAUCGUGGAUGCCACCGGAUUGAGGCAAUACACUCAACUGCUGCUGGCCAGUGCCGGUAAUCCGGAUGCCUGCAAGGAGAAGAGCUCCUCCUCGUCCACUUCAUCCACACCGCCGUUGCUCAGUCAGCAGCAGCUUAGCCAGAUGUUGAAGAGUCCCUCCGACACAUGCUCCUCGCUGUUUAGUUCUACCGGUGGCGGUGGAGGAGGAGCAGGUGGAGGAGGAACCGGUUCCAAUUCUGGCAUAAUGGCACCCGGCACUAGCACUGGCCCCGGAGCCACCAUGGAGACCAUUGAGGAGGAGACCCGUUGUGUCGUGUGCAAUGCCCACUUUCCGAAUGUGUGGCUAUUGGAGCAACAUGCCGCUUUGCAGCAUCCGCAUGUGGGUCCCGGCGAGGAGAAACCCUUCAUUUGUGAGCAAUGCGGUCAGUCCUAUCGCUAUCGCAGUGCCUAUGCCAAGCACAAGGAGCAGAAUCAUCGGGCUCGUCUCCCAGCGGACAAACUCUUCACCUGCGAUGUCUGCGGGAUGCAGUUCCGGUAUCUGAAGAGCUUCAAGAAGCAUCGACUCAACCAUGCCCUAGAGCGUUUGCAUGGCAAGAAGAGUGUAGGUGUUGGCGUGGGAGUUGGUGUAGGAGUGGGACGCCUGGGCUCCUCCUCUGCCUCCUCUUCCAUUUCCAUGACAGUGGCCACACCCACUUCAGUCUCGGCUGCGGGUUCGGUGACAUCGGUGGACCAAGAUGUGGUUACCAGCUCCCAGGAACCGAUGCUGGCCGACGAGGGUGAAGAUUUGCGGGUCAAUGUCAAGCGGGAGGAGCAGUCGGAACAGCACUCGGGCAGCGGUGGAGCAGAUGGCGAGGAGCAUGAGCAGGAUAACACCGUGGACUCGGCGGGCAUUACAAUGCUCUAUCAGGACAACAACUCAUCGGCUUCGGCCUCCACCAGCGCCACCGAACCAAACAUAAGCAGCUCCGAUGGCAUUCAUAGUACAAACAAGAGGUCGCGCAUGCACCACUUGGAAACGGAUCCCUCCUAUUCGCAUCAGCAGUCGCACCACCAUCACCACCACCACCAUCAUCACCAGCAGCAGCAGCAACAGCAGCAGCAACAGCAUCAUCAUCACCACCAGCAGCAGCAGCAGCAGCCGCAUCAUCCGUCGCACCACCUGGGCCAUGUCUCACUGCCACUGGUGGCCACCUCGGCCGCUGGCUCUUCAUCCUCGGCGGCGGCUGCUGCUGCCGUGGCCGCAGCCACUGCCGGUAGUUCUGGCGGCAAUGCCGGAGCCGGAAGUUCCUCGGCAACCGGAAGUGCCGGCUCCAGUUCGGCAGGCAAUGGAGGAAGCGGUGGAAUCAGUUCCCUCAGCUCCCUAACCUCACUGAUCAACGCCGAACGGAUACCGAAUGAGCAGUUUUUGGGUCUCAAUCCGCAGGAGGCCUCCAUACUCAACUUUUUGCGCGUGGAUGCUGCCGAGCGUCAGAGGGAUAAGAGGCCUGCCACCUCACGCUUUGCCUGCCCCUUCUGCGGCAAGUGUGUGCGCUCCAAGGAGAACCUCAAGUUGCAUGUUCGAAAGCAUACCGGCGAGAGGCCCUUUGUGUGCCUCUUCUGCGGUCGGGCCUUUGGUGGGAAAUCGGAUCUCACACGACAUUUGAGGAUUCAUACCGGCGAGAGGCCGUAUCAUUGCGAGUCCUGCGGCAAAUGCUUUGCACGGGCGGAUUAUCUGUCCAAGCACCUCACCACCCACAUCCAUAACGCGCCGCGCUGAGAUGAGGCGCGUAGGAGGCGGCUCCUACGCAGAUAAGGAACCAGCUUUAGGACCACCUCCAGCCUCCAGAAACACACACAGAAACACACACUCAGACUACAGGAAGUGCAUAUAGAAAGUUAUGUAUAAAUCUUAUUACAGAAAAGGGAAGAGGGAACUCCUCAUAGUCGGGGUUUUUUCUAUAUUUUUUUGCAUCUUUUUUUUAUAUAUAUGUAAUUUUUUU